AGCAUGCAGCCAUGGUAUAUAAACAGUAGGCAUUUUCUCUGCGUCCUCAUCACAUCUUGUUCAUUAUCACAUCAUGCAGUCAACUCAGACUAAAAACUCUCCCUUGAAGGGGUUCGCGCAUCCCGUCCUACGUGACAUUCAGUCCACCACGAUUGCACCCUCUCAGAGCGUUACUCAUUAUUUACCCGGCUUACCGAGUACUGGCGAACUGUACACCAGCAUCCCCGACGCUUUUGAUUUUCACAAACAGGUACGAGAAUCGCUAUUUCUAACUGCCGUGCAAUCAGAACACACGGGCACUGCAGGUCCCUGGCUUCCACUUCGCUGACCCUGGCCCCGCGCAAUAUGAUUUGGAAGAGGACACCAACGACAUUAAUGGCAACAUGCACUAUGUGCCUCACGAUCUGCUAUGCGCACCACGGCCCAUGCCCGCUGACUUCGAUAGCAUACUUGGACGCCAUGACUGUGCCACUCGGAUCCCUUGGCAAGUCCGACCGAUUUCCGUUUAUACCCUAGCUUUGAAGGAGACAGGCCUGCGAGCCGCUCUCCCUGCGCCAUUUACCUUUUACAAAUCGAGAGAAUGUGUCGAGGCGGAAAGUAUCAUACCGAACAUGAUCCACCAAAAGCUUGUCGAUAUUCAUGGCAUGCCAAUGUAUCCGCCGCCUUUCUUUAACAUGCCUGAUACUCGACUGUACGCUCAAUUCAUCAGCAACUUCUGCCAGCACAAGGACGCUAUCACACGCAGUUACUACUCUAAAGUUCCUCGAAAUCCAUGCUUUCCCGAUGACCUGGAACACCCGAGGAUCUAUCCUAUUGAGCUCUUGAAACGGCUUCACGAACACCUUGAAAGAUACAUGGACGCGUUCCCGGAACCACUUCCUAUGGUCAUAAUUCGGAACAGCGAGGUCAUAUGUAUGAAUCCACCAUGUUGGUAUAUGUAUGGCGUAAUCGUGCAUGUUCCCCCCACGGAACAUCCAAAUUCCGAGAAUCUAGAAGAUACUCUAUGGUCCAUGUCUCUUAAGCGCGGUGUUUCAGCCUCAUACAGGCCAUGUUCAGGAGGUCAACCGAGUGUGGCCACGUCUCCGGUUCAAUUCGGUAAUAUGAUUUACUCCGCCGAGGAGUUAACAUAUUUCAACUUCGCUGUCAACGUAUUCAUGGAAGUUCCGAUGUUCCCGGGGUCUGGGCUGAAGGAACCUGCAGCUGCGUAUAAAGGUGCAUUUAUACUUAACGUUAUUGAUCACCCUAUGCACCCGGCAUGUUGGACCGAACUUUCCGAGGACCGGAAGAUGGACAUAUACGAGCGCGCACCUCAGCUGUUCGGUGGUGUUCCUACUUUUUCGAAGUGUCCGACCUUUCCAGCUGUCAAUCUGCAUUUCCAGAAUUGGGAUAUGAAUCUGCUUGGCGUCCUGGACGAUCUCAAGUUUGGGACAGUCGACUACAGUCUUGAUGUUGGCCAGUGCAAGGAAGAGGAACUAGGAUCAUUGUUGGACUGGCCGAGUGAUUCCAUGUAAUGCCUUUUCACAACCGUCGCAAUUCUGGUCGACUCUGCGUUGACGUUGCUCAUGGUCGUGGUUUGACCAUUAUUAUUGCACAUACUUAUUUGCUGCUCCAAAUCCUGUUGACCUAUGGUAUCAAUAAAAUUGAUAUUGUUGAUGAUCA